AUGUCCAAUACACAAAAUACGCAAAACCUCGCCAUUCACCGGGAAACCUCGUCGGAGGAACGGGACCAAAUUGAUCGGUCGACCAAGAAAUCCAAAAGGAAAAUCACGCACCUAAUCUUCAAUCAAGAACCCCCAAAUGAGACCACUGACCCCCAACGAAACCCCCCAAAAUCAACACAACCUCCACCCAAUGGAAAUCCCCCUCCAUCGAAGGGUGUAUCAUUUCGUGACAUGGUGGCGAUGGAUCAAUCACUACUGAGGACAAACAACUUUGAAGAUGAGGAUGACCUCUCUGAUGACGAUGAGCAGCCGGAAAACCACGUGGAAGACCCAAAAUGCCCUAUGAUUCUGCUAUCAAAAGAAGAGAAACAAAGGAUUCGCCGGCCAUGGAAACAUGCCCUCAUCAUUAAGAUGUUCGACAGCAAAAUUGGCUAUAUGUCUUUGAUGAAGCGUCUCAAGAAGAAAUGGGAACUCAAUGGAGGACUUGUCCUAACGGAUAUUGGGCACGACUACUUCAUAGCCCGAUUCUCGAACAUAGGUGAUUAUAACCACGUCCUCACUCAGGGACCAUGGAUGUUGGAUGAUAAUUAUCUCACGAUUCGCAAGUGGAUCCCCAAUUUCAUCCCUGAUAAUUCACCAAUGCGACAUUUAACCGCCUGGGUACGUAUCCCACAUCUAUCAGUGGAAUAUUUUGAUAAGGAAUUCCUACACAAGAUUGGCAGCAAAAUUGGCAAAGUCACUCGGAUUGACAACAACACAGCGCUUGCACAACGUGGACAAUUUACUCGACUAAGUGUAGAGCUGGACCUCUCCAAACCACUCCUCUCAAAGUUUUGGCUCCGAGGUAAAAUCUGGCAAGUACAGUACGAGGGUCUUAGAAUGAUAUGCUUCCAAUGUGGCAAAAUAGGUCAUCAAGGUGAAAAUUGCUCAUCACACAUUGAACCAAGCACAGUUUAUAAUCAAAAGAAUAGGGAUGAAGAAGACAAGCAAAAGGAUGUGAUCAUCCAAACCGUUGAAGAAAAGGACUUUGGAGAGUGGAUGAUGGUCAAAAAACCACCCCCUCGCCGGAGAAUUGCUAGACCGGAAAAACAACAAGGAGAAACGGCGAAGGAAAAUCCUGGAAAGGCGGCCAAUCAGGAGCAAUCACAGGGAAAUCAAAGAGAAAAAUCUGGUGGGUCAAGAUUCACAAUCUUAAGGGCGCAAAAUACGGAUAAUAUUACGCACAAUAUCUUGAACGUCCAAAAUCAAGAUAACACUGUGCAUAAUGAGCUUCACACAAUCUCCACAAAUAUGGAAACAAUUGACCUCGGCAAAUCUUCUCAAAUCACCAAUAUUGGCUCGCAAGGGAAUCCCUUUAAUAUUGGAAAAUCAAAUAAGAAUUCCAGUAAUUACGGCCAAUUAUGGGAAGUGCUAAGAAGUGGCAAGAAGUACGGAAAAAGAAUUUGA